AUGCUCUCCCACACCCGCCCCACCCUCCUCUCCGCCCUCCUCCUCCCAGCCGCGGCCCUCACCCUCGCCGCCCCCACAACCUCCACGCUCUCCACAUCCAAAACCAUCAAACUCACCGCCAACGUCCUCUCCUCCGACCUCACCCCCUCCAUCCAGUCCUACGAGCUCAACCCCUUCGCCCUCUCCUCCACCGACGCCUCCUGCGCCAACGCCCUCGGCCUCUCCCCCGCCAGCCACGGCGCCCUCUUCCACAGCGACAGCGAAACCCCCUCCGUCUUCACCCUCCAAACCGGCACCGGCUAUGCGCAGCGCCUCAGCGCUGUCGUCACGCCGGGCGGGACCGCGACCGUGCCCGCCGCGCGCGCCGUGGGCGUCGACUGCGGGACGAGCGGUACGGAGGGCGUGGGGAUAGUGCAAAAGGAUGACGGCAGCGGCACGCCGGUGCUGCGUUACGGCAAGGAAGGCAGCGGGUGGAUGGCGUGUCCGGCGGGGACGCUCAACGCCGAGGUGCCGGCCGAUGAGGGCGCCGUGGUGGUGGGGUACCGCGAUGCGGGGCAGCGGGUGCUGAGCGGGUGCGCGGAGGUCGAGUUCGUGGCGGUUUGCUCGGAUGAGACGGAUGGGGGGGAGGCGAGCGCGGUGGAGGUGCCGUGUGUUGUCGUCGUCUAA